AGGGUCAAACAUGCCGGGCUAUAUGCCUAUUGUUUCCGUGUGGACCCGAGAUGAAGGUUUGAAAAGAAAUUUGUGAAUUGUGGAGUUUUGCCCAAAACCAGAAGAAGCAGAUAGAUUACAUACUGUAGCCAUGUCUCUGAAGCUUGCUGCAGUGACACUUUUGCUGGUGGAAGUGGCAGCCAGUGGAGAUACCAGUUUCAUCUUUAAUGGAUUCCAAUCAUCACAGUAUAAUCUUACUAUUUUAGCUGAGCUCACUUCCAAUGGCCUACUCAAGCUCACCAAUGGUGAGUCCCUGCAAGAAGGACAUGCUGUGUAUUCAUCCCCUGUGGUUUUCAAGAACAGCUCCAACAACGGUAGCGCCUUUUCUUUCUCCACCUCUUUUGUAUUUGCCAUAAGACCUCAGGCUGCUGAACUCAGUGGUCAAGGUAUUAUGUUUGUGGUUUAUCCAGCAACAAAAAGUCUAACUGGUCUUCCAUCCCAGUACUUUGGUGUCUUUGAUCCGGAUAGCGUGGGUAACAGCAGCAACCAUGUUUUCGGCGUGGAGCUUGAUACUUCUAUGAGCACGGAGUUUGAGGAUAUCAACGACAACCAUGUUGGGAUUGAUAUCAAUGACUUGAAGUCAGCAGCAUCGGCAGUUGCAGGAUAUCAUAACGAUGAUGGUAUUUUCAAUGCUUUGAGACUUGCUAGUGGCAACCCUAUACAGGUAUGGCUGGAAUAUCAUGGGAUGAAUAAACAAAUUAAUGUUACUUUGGCACCAAUCAACAUUGAUAAACCAAAACAAGCUUUGCUAUCGUUUACCAAAGACCUUUCUCCAAUUCUUGAAGAGAAUAUGUAUGUUGGCUUCUCUUCCUCCACGGGUAUGGGUACUGCUUCGCAAUAUAUUCUGGGUUGGAGUUUUGAGAUCAAUGGCCAGUCUCAGCCACUUGAACUAUCUCAACUCCCAAAGUUGCCUAGGAAAGGUGAUAAUAAACAUAAAGGGUAUAAGAAGGUGGUCUUGGCAGUUGCAUUGCCUAUGAUAUCACUCAUGUUGGUUCUCUUGGUGACUUUAACAGUUAAUCAUGUCAUCAAAAGGAAGAGGUUUUCUGAGCAACUUGAAGACUGGGAGCAAGAAUGUGGUCCUAGUAGAUUCAGGUAUAAAGAUCUCUACUUGGCUACAAAGGGGUUCAGGGAGAAGGAGCUAUUAGGAAGGGGCGGAUUUGGUAAGGUCUACAAAGGUGUGAUAGUGAUAGCAGCUUCCAAAACUGAGAUUGCAGUAAAGAGGGUAUCCCAUGAGUCCAAACAAGGUGUAAGGGAAUUCGUGGCAGAAGUUGUGAGCAUUGGCCGUCUUCGCCAUAGGAAUCUGGUUCCCCUUCGAGGAUAUUGCAGGCGCAAAGGAGAGUUGCUUUUGGUCUAUGACUACAUGCCAAAUGGGAGUUUAGACAAGUAUCUCUUUAACAAACCAAAACUGACCCUGAAUUGGAGCCAGAGAUUUAGAAUCAUCAAAGGAGUUGCUUCGGCUUUGCUCUAUUUGCAUGAAGGAUGGGAGCAAGUUGUGGUCCAUAGAGACAUAAAGGCCAGCAAUGUGCUACUGGAUGCAGAAAUGAAUGGUAGAUUAGGGAACUUUGGUCUUGCAAGGUUGCAUGACCAUGGAAGCAAUCCUCAAACUACUCAUGUUGCCGGAACUUUCAGGUAUAUGGCCCCUGAGCAUAUCAGAACAGGUAAGGCCACUACAAUAUCUGAUGUAUUCGGUUUUGGUGCAUUUCUACUUGAGGUUGCUUGCGGAAGAAGGCCCACGGAGAAAACAGAGGAAUGGCUUGACAAUGCAAAUCUUGCUGAUUGGGUGUAUGAUUUCUGGAAGAAAGGUGGGAUUCUUGAGGCAAAGGAUCAAAAUUUGAGCACAGAUUCAGAGACAGAGGAGGUGGAAUUGGUGCUGAAACUUGGUUUGUUUUGCUCCCAGUCAGAGCCUACGGCUAGGCCGAGCAUGCGCCAAGUUAUGCAUUACUUAGAAAGGGAAGUUCCUUUGCCACAUUUACCUUCCACAUUCAGACACCAUACUCAAGACUUGCCGAAUCCGGCUUCCCCGGAUAGGCCGUUGCUCCAGACUUCGGUCGUUGAAUCAAUUCUCUCAGGUGGCCGAUGAUUCUAGAAGGCUCCAUUUGAACUAUUUCGUGUGGUUUUAUUCUUAAGUCUUCCAUGGAAAUGAGCUUGUGCCCAACACUUUGUUUUUUAUUGUCAAAGUUAAAUGAGUUUGAUGCCACACAACUGAAGUUUGAACAAGCAAUGUGGGCUAUUACCAUUUGAAUAUGGCACACAUUGAGUGGUAUAGCAUCAUUGAGCACCUCAAGUGAUAUUCUUAUUAGGUGUUUCUAGAACAAUGAAAAGAUUAAGAUUUUCUAUUUUAGCCUUGGUUUAAAAUUUCAAUUUUGUAACAGCUCAGGUCAGGUGUGACCGUGUGAAACAGAACAGUUUAUUAAGUAUUAACUCUUUAGUUCCCAUUUCAA